GCUUACGAAACGUCGGCUGAUGUCGAAGACUGCUCGAGAAUGAAUGUUCAUUCUUAAUCUUUGCGGUAUACACGUCCGACCACUUGUUGCUCUUUGAUAUUUGAAGAGGACGAAUUAUAUUAUACUUUUGCACGUAUUAACUAUUUAUCAAAAUGAGCAAACCCGUUGCAGAUAUUGCUCUCAUUGGCUUAGCCGUAAUGGGGCAGAAUUUAAUUUUAAAUAUGAAUGAUCAUGGAUUUGUUGUUUGUGCUUACAAUCGUACAACAGAAAAAGUUAAAUCUUUCCUAGAAAAUGAAGCAAAAGGCACAAAAAUUAUUGGUGCAUAUUCAUUGAAAGAGAUGGUAGAAAAACUAAAAUCACCAAGACGUGUGAUGCUCUUGGUAAAAGCUGGUGCUGCUGUCGAUGCAUUUAUUGAACAAUUGGUACCUCUGUUAUCUCCGGGAGAUAUUAUAAUUGAUGGUGGUAAUUCUGAAUAUCAGGAUACCGAAAGAAGAACCAAAGAGUUAGAUAAGAAAGGAAUAUUAUUUGUCGGUAGUGGAGUUAGUGGAGGUGAAGAUGGUGCUAGAUAUGGACCAUCUUUAAUGCCAGGUGGAAAUCCAAAAGCUUGGCCAUAUAUUAAACCAAUCUUUCAGUCAAUAGCUGCGAAAGUCAAUGGAGAGCCUUGUUGUGAUUGGGUUGGAGAAACAGGUGCAGGACACUUUGUAAAAAUGGUACACAAUGGUAUUGAAUAUGGUGAUAUGCAACUGAUAUGUGAAGCAUAUCAUAUCAUGCGAAAUGGUUUGAAACUCAAUCCUGAAGAGAUGAGUAAAGCUUUUGAUGAUUGGAAUAAAGGAGAAUUGGAUUCAUUUUUAAUUGAAAUUACUCGUGAUAUUCUUAAAUACAAGGAUCAAAAAGGUUAUCUACUAGAGAGAAUUAGAGAUACGGCUGGACAAAAAGGAACUGGAAAGUGGACAGCUAUUGCUGCAUUGGAUUAUGGAGUACCUGUAACACUAAUUGGAGAAUCAGUUUUUGCUAGGUGUCUUUCUGCUUUACAAAGCGAAAGAAUACAAGCAAGUUCUGUAUUAAAAGGUCCUGAUACUGUAUAUCAGGGUGAUAAGAAACAGUUCCUAGAGCAUUUGAAAAAAGCUCUUUAUGCAUCAAAAAUUAUUUCUUAUGCACAAGGAUUCAUGUUAUUAAGGGAAGCUGCUAAAGUUCAUAACUGGAAUUUAAAUUACGGCGGUAUUGCACUUAUGUGGAGAGGAGGAUGCAUUAUAAGAAGUGUUUUCCUGGGAAAUAUAAAAAUAGCAUUUGACAAAAAUCCAAAACUUUCCAAUCUGUUACUGGAUGACUUCUUUGCAAAUGCCAUGAAAGAAUGCCAAGCCAGUGCUAGAAUAGUAGUUUCCACAGCUGUAUCUCUAGGCAUACCAAUACCUGCGUUGUCAACUGCUUUAGCAUUCUAUGAUGGUUAUAGAACUGCUCGCCUCCCAGCAAAUUUACUUCAAGCUCAACGAGAUUAUUUUGGGGCUCACACUUAUGAAUUACUUGGUGAAGAAGGUAAAUUUGUACACACGAAUUGGACUGGACAUGGUGGAAAUGUCUCUGCUUCCACAUAUGAUGCAUAAAAAUAGAUAAAUACUGUUUUAUAAUGUACAUAUGAUGUGAAAUUGAGGUUACUGUUGAUGUUGUUAAAUGCUGUUUUAUAUACAUACUAUGUAUAAAUAAAUGCGAACAUGGGUAAAUAUUAA